UCUCCUUCUCUCUCUGGUCUCUACUGUCGUCAACGAUUUUUACUUUAUUUCACUAUCCAGUCCCUUUGAAAACCCUACAUUGUCAGUGAAACCCCCUAAAACCCAAAUCUGUGAAAAUCAACAGCAGCCAAAGGUGCGAAAUCCAUCAUUUUAUUCGGCUCUUUCUGUCUCGCUCUAGGUUUUUCACAAAAAAAAUUUGGCACUAUUUUUUGUUGUUUAGGUAUAAAUCGAAAUUAGGGCUUCUUUUUAUUUUCGAGAGCGAGGCAAUUGGAGAAUUGUAUUGUAUAUUGAAAAUGGAAGCUGCGGCCGGUGUAGCCGUCGCACGCGGUGUUUCUAUGCCGAUGUCAACGUCAUCUCAGCCUUCUCGUAAGGAGUGGCGGGCUGUUUCCGAGCAAUCGGCUCGAAACCUCACUAGUGAGGACAUGGAGCUUUCCAAGCUAGGCCAAUCUGAUGAGAGAUUGAUAUAUGAGGUGCAGCAGGGAAGAGAACACACGGACGUGGAUUUCUGCACAAUAACUAUUGACAGGGGUUUGGACAAUGAUAUUUUGCAGCAAAAACUUUUAACUGUGGUGAAACAAAGAGAGGAAUUGCAGCAUAUGGAGAUUGAGCUCCAGGCACAAGUCGUUAUAAGAUCUGAGAUUAUGGAGAUGCAGAAGUCAUAUGAUGCACAGAUCAAAGAGCAUGCAAAUGCCAAUGUCAAAUUUCAGGAGCAACUGCAUGAGAAGGAGCAAAUAAUUCAUGAGCUAGAGAGAAAGAUGGAAGAUAAAGCAAGGGAGCUGAAUGCAAUUAGAUUAGAUAAAGAAGCGGCUUGGGCCAAAGAGGAUCUUCUAAGGGAACAAAGCAAGGAGCUCCAAAGCUUCAGAAGAGAGAGGGAUAGCACUGAAGCUGAAAGAGCACUGCAUAUUAGACAAAUACAUGAUUUUCAGGAACAUCUUCAAGAAAAAGAACAACAGCUCAUGGAGUUGCAGGAUCAGCAUAGGGUUGCUCAAGAAACUAUUGUUUUCAAAGAUGAGCAAUUAAGAGAGGCACAAGCUUGGAUGACUCGUGCUCAGGAAAUGGAUGCUUUACAAUCAACUACCAACCACAGUUUACAAGCUGAACUACGAGAACGUGUAGAGCAGUAUAAUCAACUGUGGCUUGUUUGUCAAAGACAGUUUGGUGAGAUGGAGAGGUUUCAUCUGCAUAUUCAACAACUUCAGCUUGAAUUGGCCGAUGCAAGAGAAAAGAGUGGAAGUUACUCUGAUGCUUCUCACAUCUCCCAGAUAAAUCCCAAAGAUGCUUCUGAAGCUGGACAAAGCAAUGGUAGCCAGCUGGAGGUGAAAGGAAAUGGGACACUGAGUGAAAACUCUGGUAGCGUACAAAAUGGGAAUGUCGAAGGCACUCCGUCUUUUGUUCCGGGAGUGAACACUUCAAUGCAGACCGAUGUUCAUGGUGUUCCAUUUGCUCCUCCAUCCCUGCUCGGGUUGCCACCCUACCUUCCACCUGUCCAGGUGACUGCUUUGCAUCCAUUUGUUAUGCAUCAAGGGGUGCCCCAUACAGUACCGUCACAUGUCACACAAUCUAUUUUCCAGACUAUACCUACCAUGUCAUCUCUUCAACCUUCACAGAACCUACAGACUGUAUCAGAUGGUCAACAGAUGCCUGUCCUCAACCAGUUUCCUCUGCAAGCUGAACAGACCUCAUCUGUAGCUGUUUCUAGUUAUGACUAUGAAGCAUCUGUAAAUGGGCAAGUUCUUUCUUCAAAUUAUUUCGAUGCCAAUAUCAGUCGAGGGAUGGAGCCUAACUCUAUAGUUCCACCACCAAAUAAAGAGGGGCAGGCUUUUGAGUCCGUAGAUGAAAGCUACCCAGAUGUAGCACAAUCUUAUCAGAGCUUGCAACAAGUUUCUUCGCAGUUUCAUGAUGUGCUUAGAUUGGAUCCUCUGGAACAUAAUAAUGAGACCAAGGAUAAGAAUGACUGCCCUGUGACAGAUCAUAGACUAGAGAACAGAAAUUCAAUGGUGGAACAACCUAGUUCUUCUGUAAAUGCACCCUUGUCUGAGUCGCCUAAUCAUGCUGUAAAUAUCAGCAAAAUCACUAUGAACACUGCCUCAGCUGCUGUUUCAUCUGAUGUCUCUGAUGUCACUGUGUACCCUGGGCAGAAAAAUUCUUAUGUGAUUGAAAAGCCUGCUGAGAUUUCUCUACUUGACGAAAGAUCAUUACUAGCUUGCAUAGUUCGCACAAUUGGAUCUGGUGGUAGAAUUAGGAUUGGUUCAACGCUUCCAAAUAGGCUUGGAAAAAUGCUUGCCCCCCUUCACUGGCAUGAUUAUAAGAAGAAGUAUGGGAAGCUUGAUGACUUUGUGGCUGGUCAUGCUGAAUUAUUUGUAAUUGAGGGGGACUACAUUCAGCUUCGAGAAGGUGCACAAGAAAUAAUAGCAGCCACAGCAGCUGUUGCCAAAGUUGCUGCAGCACCAUCUUCGUAUCCAACACUGUUACCUUCUAUGGCAGUCACUCCCAUGGCACAAGCGCCCCGAAUGAAGGUCUCCUCGCUUGACUUCACAUCUGCAGAUGCUAAUAAGACCAAUUUCAAUGAGAUUGCAGCCUCUAGACCUUCACAUCUUGUUGGCAAUCCUUCUAUGUUCUCUGCAAUUCGGAAUCAGAACAUGAAUGGUGCUUCCUUUAGUGUUGCUGGGGGAGUAUCAAAUAUUAAAAUUUUGAGCAAACCUAAGGAUCACAUGGAGCAGAAUGGAUCCGAAAACUCUGAACAACUGACAGUUGGAAAUGGAAUAAACACUGAUACAAAUGGUGUUUUCCAAAGGAAGGAUGCAUCUCAUGGGAAGUCCAGUGUCAGUUUAAUAGGCAAACAUCAGGGCAGGGCAACUGGUGCUGCAUCAAGUCCUAGAAGAUAAAUAUAUCUUGGAGCUUGUGUGGGGAACGCCAUGACUAGUUAAACACCAAGUGCUACUGGAGAUGAUGAGAAGAGGGAGGUUAUAUGCUCUCGAGUUGGAAUCUCCAAUUUAUUCUAUGAGAUUGAGAGUACUGGCUGCAUUAAAUCACAUGUUCAGUUCGAUUGGAAGAACUUGUUUUUCUUUUGCAUUUUUGUGUACUGGAAACUGUAUAUUUACCUGCAUUGAUGUUCUGGUGCAUCUUUCGGGUUUAAAAUUAUUGAAAAAUGGUGGUGAUUUUUGUAACUCUUAUUUUUCAAAGGUUGGUAUCCCAGCUUCUGCAUUUGAAGUCAGUUCAUUCAUUAGCAA